AUGGAGAAAGGGAAGGAGCAUGCAUCUUCUAGUACACCUCCUACUGAAGAACAUGCAACAAAUCCAUCAACGCAGGCGAUACCAAUACAAUUUUAUCCGGAUUUGUCAAAUUAUAUGCAUACAAGCCAUCCACCAAUUCCACAUCCAUGGUUACCGCCAUUUGUGGCGCGUCCUGAUGCCAACCCAAUGACAUGGACAAGUCAGGCAAGUCCGAUAUUCCCAUUACACUCAAGGACUAAUCCUUUGAUUGGGGAACACUCUACAAGUUCAAGCCAUGCCGUUGAGCCUGAAAAUAUAUCACCUGAGUCUACGGAAAAAAGUAUGUCUACGCCUUCGUAUCAUGAUACUGUUGAAUCAAAUCAAACGGACCAAUCUGGGCCAGAGCCGGCAAAUGUAUUGCAUACUGAAAGGGCCGAAAUCGUAGAGGAGCCGAAGUUGGGUAUGGUGUUUCAAUCUGAAGAGGAGUUACUUUCUUACUACAAAAAUUAUGGGAAACAAUGUGGUUUUGGGAUAAUGACACAAAGGAGUCAUAGGUUUGAGGAUGAGAGUGUAAGAUAUGUGACAGUGGGUUGUGCUCGUGGUGGGAAGGCACGAAACCGUACGUCUAAUGUCGCAAGACCACGUCCGACAUCAAAGACAGAUUGUAAGGCAAUGAUAAAUGCCUUAUUCAGAAAAGGGGUGUUGACAUUGUCGAGUGUUAACAAUACCCAUAAUCACGGCCUAAGUCCACAGAAGUCGAGGUUCUUUCGCUGUAAUAGAGAAGUCAGCGAGUCUGUUAAGAGGGUGUUAGAUAUAAAUGAUCAAGCUGGGAUCAGAAUGAACAAGAGUUUUGCCUCUCUUGUGCAAGAAGCGGGUGGGUUUGAAAACCUCCCUUUCAAUGAAAAAGCCUGUCGUAACUAUAUUGACAAAGCACGCCACCUUCGACUUGGGAAAGGUGGCGCUGGAGCCCUCCGUGAGUAUUUUGCUCGAAUGCAAUAUAAGAAUGACGGAUUCUUUUCACUCAUGGAUAUGGAUGAUGACGAGCGGUUGAGGAAUGUAUUCUGGGCAGAUGCCCGAAGUAGGGCAGCCUACAAAUAUUUCGGAGAUGUCGUGACAUUCGACACGACGUAUUUGACAAACAGAUACGGGAUGCCGUUUGCACCAUUUGUUGGUGUAAACCACCAUGGCCAGUCAAUUUUGUUGGGGGCAGGAUUAAUUUCGAGCGAGGAUACAAAAACGUUUACAUGGUUGUUUCAUACUUGGUUGAACUGUAUGGAUGGUGAAGCACCCAAGGCUAUUAUCAUAGACCAAGAUAGAGCCAUGAAAAAUGCAAUAAGUCUCGUCUUUCCAAAUAGCCGGCACAGAUUUUGUUUAUGGCACAUAUUGAAAAAAAUCCCUGAGAAGCUAGGUUCACACAGUGCAUACAAGACCGGGUUAAAGAGUCAGUUGCUAAAUUGUGUAUAUGACUAUCACACAAUAGAGGAGUUUGAGGUGUCUUGGGAGGUGUUCAUUAUGAAGUAUAACUUGCAGGAGAAUGCUUGGUUGAAUGCUUGGUUGAAGAGUUUAUACGAUGAACAGUUUGUCGAUCAGUUCGAUAAUGCCUUGAGAAAGAAGAUUGAGAAUGAAAGUGCUGCAGACUUCCACUCAUUCAAUUUCACGAUUCCCCUCGUCUCUCCCUCUCCACUUGAGAAGAUUUUUCAAGAUAUUUACACUUGUAAUAAAUUCAGAGAAGUUCAGAAAGAAGUGAUAGGGAUGCUUGCAACUCUUCCAACUCUUCACCGGAAGGAUGGUGUAAUUGCAACUUACCACGUAGAAGAUGAAGUGAAUGUCGAUGGUUUCAUUAAAGAGCCGCAUGGAGAUAUUGGAGAAGUUAUUGGAACCUGUAGGAACUUAUUUGGCCAAACAGAUAUUGCGAGACAACAAGAUGUCCCAGUUCAGCCACCUCACAACACUACCGAGGUGUUGGACUUUAGUGCCACCGAGUAUGGAUUUGCCGUGAAUGAGACUCAAGAAAGUAUGCCCAUUGGGGUGGAUGGAACCCAGCCGGAUAGCUUGCGUGAGACAUACUCGUGGGAAUAA